AUGUUUGGUGAAUUUGUUUAUAAGGCAUGUUUGACGGAUGAUGUUAAUGUUAAAUUGGGGAAUAAUUGUGCGAAUGUUGCGAAUAUUGAUCAAUUAUUGCCAAAUGAUGAUUUGAGUGGAGUUUUGAAAGAAUCUAUUGGUAUGAUGCCUUUAGUUGACAUUGUUGAGGUCAAAUUUGAUUCUUAUCUUGAUGGUGAACUGAUUUUAAGAGAUUUUGUGAAUUUAAAGGAAGUCGGUGAUUAUGAUUCUAUCUUGCAAAAUGAUGAUUGUAAAAUUCUGGAUUUAGUCAUUUGUGAAAAUCGUAGUGCUUAUCAGUAUUCUAUUGGAGAGUUUGAAUUAACCGUAAGUGCCUUUAAAGGAGGAACUACAAAGUUAAAUGUGAACUCGGACAAUAGGAAUCAUUUGGUUAUCAUUCCUAGAAGUUUAUCUAAAGAAAAUGAUAAGUUUGUUUUGGAUUUCGCUAUUUGCAAAGUUGCUGGUCAUUAUUUAGCUGCUGAAAACCUGUAUUUGGAUGGGGAUAUUGGAAAUGAACAUUUUAUUGAUGAAGCUGUGCAAUUCCGUGUUAUUGAAAACUCAUUUCAUAUUGAACCGGGGGGAAUCAAAAUCCCCGUUGACGUUGCUAGAGUGGAAGAGUUUAUGUAUUCUGAUGAUGAGUUUUUGAGGAGUGAUGAUGCUUCUCUGCUGUUGAAUGAAAUGAAUGCUUCUUUGAUUAAAUGGAAGUACAACCAUAAUGAUAAUGUGAUUGCCGAGGAUUCGUUGUCAAGUGUUAAGGGUAAUUUUUUCGAAGGUAGUUCUGAAUGGCUAUGUGUUGUUACUAAGGGAAAUCAUUCAAAUGCUUUUGUUAUUGAUGAUGGUGAUCGCAUAUUGCAGCUGAAAUGUUUCAGUGAAAUAUUUUCAAAAGGAGAAAUGCAGGUUAGAGAAUUUGGCCAUAAUUCCUUUUGGAUUGAUCCUGGUGGGUUGGUAAGUGCUAAAAACGAUAACAUUUUGAAAUUAGUGAAUGAAGCUGUGAAGAUGUUUUUUGAAAAUACACAUGUUAUUUCCAGUUGUGAACCUGUGGUUACUAAUGUUGGUUUCGAUUUGUCUUUGAGUUCUUCCAUUUGUACUAAGCUGCCUGCAGUUUAUAAGAGUUUAAAAGGGAUGAAUUUGGUGAAGGGAAUCGUAGUGUGUACUGUUGAUGAUAAUGAGCAUCUAGAUCGGUUUCUUGCUGCAAAGAAUAAUGUUAUUGAUUAUAUGCCUGAAAGAAGUCAUAUACAUUUGAAACUGAGUGAUGCUUCUAAAAUUGAUGAGUUGCGUUUGGAGUUUCUGCCUAGCACUGCUUCUUAUGGUAGUGUGGCUGCUCCCAAUACUGCAAAACACAAGAUGGCUAUGAAUGGCUAUACUCUGUCUCUAUGGGGAUCGUCUGAUGAGAAUCAUGUAGCCUUCCAUUGUGAUUCUCCGAGUGAGGAGAAUGAGCUAGUCCUUCAUUCUAGUUUUGGAAUGCCAAGUUUACUUUGCGGGCCAAUCAAGGAAGAGAAGGAUGGAUCCUGA